CAUAAAUGGACUUUAUGAGAGAAGAACACAGGACGUACCAAUAGACCAGUACGUCAAUACAAAGCGGAGGGAAAAGAAUGUUCGAUUUUCCUCCAAUCAACUCUUUUAGAAGUUUCCAGGAAUAUUUUCAACUAGCCUACGUUAUUUUGUCUUUUGGUUUAGGAAUGCUGAUAAUCAUCGCAUAUCUAUCAAACUUCUUUAAGUAUAACCAAAGAAGUUCAAACAGUUUGUUCCUUGCUUUGUUUGUCGGAUUUAUUCAUCAAGGCUUUGCGUCAAUGACCUGGUUGAAAUCAACCUAUCAUAUAUAUGGAAUAAGUGAUUUCGUGUUUGAUGUCUACACCUUCCCCGUCGCCUGUUUUCUAUUUACGUUUGCCGUGAUGUGCACAAAAGAAUGUUCACAAGAAUUCCGGAAAAUAACAUUUGCGUAUGUAGUUUACAUUUCCACGGUUUUGCUAUUAGUUUUUGGAAUCGGAGUUGUUCGCAGCUCCAGUCACCAAUAUAUACACAAUAAUGUUACGUUAAACUCAUCUGACAAGUUUUUUAAUGAUAGCGAUCUGGAAAGUAAUUGUGGGAUAUUUGACAUUACUAGUAUGUUCACAAUAUCUGUUUUGAAAUGUAACAGUUCAUUCUUGUACUAUAUUUUUGAAUAUUUUUUCAUCUAUGCUCCUAUCACGGUGAUCCUACUCUGGAAUAUAAAGGAAAGUGUUCUCAGCGAUCAACAAGGUCGACAUCACCAGCUGUGUAUUACGUGUGAUAAUACUAUUAGGCUACAGCAAUAUAUCUUAAUGUUUAUGUUGUUUGUGAUUUGGAUCGUGCGACCAAUAUCUUGGAUUAUUAACUUUCAUUACAUAUUAUUGCCCCAAGAUAUUAUUCCAUGCAUGGUAUUGUGCAUGGUGUAUCCUUUUUUACUUUCGUAUUUCGUAUACAAUGCACUUUAUCAAGAAGAUUUCCUUGAUCAUCGCUGUAGAAACAAACUGUAUGACUUUCAGGAACCCGAAAAGCAAGAAAAACAACCCUUAGUGUAAACAUUAUUAAUAGAUUUUUAGAUAUUAAAAUUUACAAAAAGUAAUUGGAUUUUUUAUCAGCUGUUAAACAUUACUACUACAUUUAGAUAAAAAAAGAAGACACUACUAAAAUAUCACGCCUGCAGCAGCUUGGGACUUUAUCCAAAACGUGAACCUGGUCACUGAAUAGUAAAAUUGAGUUCGAGGUGAAUGAGAUGUCAUAUGAAGUACCUAGUAUUGUUAAGAUGGUAUAAUGAACGGUUAUUGCAGAACAUAUCUUCUGAAAUUUUAAACAGACCACUCGAAAGUGAAUGAUAUGCUAUAUGACAUAUAAUACUGAUAUACACUUCUAAAAUCAAGUUAUAUACCGAAUAUUGUUGACCUUCUAUGAAAUAUUACCGAAGAACAUACCUCAUCUAAAAUGACUAGUAUAAAAAGUGACAGAAGACAAAAGGGGACAUUCAAAACUCAUAUGUCGAAGAGAAACUGUCUUAGUAGGAAAAGGACUAAAGACGUCGUAGAGAAACUGCCUUGGCAAAGGACGAAAGACGUCGUAGAGUAACUGCCUUGGCAAAGGACGAAAGACGUCGUAGAGAAACUGCCUUGGCAAAGGACGAAAGACGUCGUAGAGUAACUGCCUUGGCAAAGGACGAAAGACGUCGCAGAGAAACUGCCUUGGCAAUGGACGGAAGACGUCGUAGAGAAACUGCCUUGGCAAAGGACGAAAGACGUCGAAAAGACAAAGACAUGUCAAUUAAACAUAUUGCCUUUCAAUUACAUAUUUAACCAAUUGUUUUCAUUUUCGCCCUUUAUCUUGAAAACUAUAAUAGAUAGAGAGAAACUCCAAAGUAAAACAUGAUCAAUAAGACAGGAUCUACAAACAAGUCAAAAUAGCCGAUCGUGAAAUCCGCUGGUUACUCGUUAUUGGAGUUAUGGCCUUUUAAUGACGAAUUUUACCAUUUUAUUUUACGUUUUUACCUAAUAUUUUCAAAAUUAUAAUAGAUAGAUAGGAACUUUAAAAACCCAAAAUAAUCAGCAAGACAAGAUUCACAAAUAAGUCAUUUGGCCGAAAUCGUUACUCGACUACUUAUUGGAGUUGUUUCUCUUUAAUGACGAUUUCUACUGAUAUUGAAUGUUUUUUCCUUUUAUAUUAAAAACCAUAAUAGAUAGAUAUACACUUUAAAUAGCAAAUAUGACCAGCAAGACAAUUAAGAUCUACAAAUAAUACAAAUUUAGCCAAAUCAUUUGUAGAUUCUUUAUAGGAGUCAUUUUCCUUAAAUGACGAUUUUUUUUGUAGCCUUUUUUUGUGUUUUUGACAACAAUUAAGAAGACAGAGAGAAACUGUAAAUAGAAAAAAAAUAUCAGCAAUUAUAUAAGAGCAACAAAAAAAUAGAUUUUUGUCAUAAAUUGAAAUCUUGUCUACAAUGUUGCAGAGUGUACUUAUUUAAUGUAAGAAAUACCUUAAUAUCCUUGUUACAUUUUAUGCUAUCCCCCAAAAUAUGUAAAAAGGUCUAUGCUGAGGCCAAUAAAAUCAUAUGCUUGAUUCCUGCCUCCCGGCGGUCCCCGUCUCAGACCCUCCAACCGUAACUUUUUGUCGUGCAUUUGGCGAAAAGUAGUCUGUUUCAUUCAGAAAGUAAGGAAUGAAACACGUGCACAUCUGGGACUUUUAAUUUAACUCUUUUCAACAGUUCAUUUUGUUCAGCAACCAGAAUAAUGUAAAUUUUUGUUUUCAUUCUAUUUAUACCAGUUAUCUAUAUGAAAUUUAUUUUAAAAAUGGAAAAUGAUUGAGAAAGAAGUCUGAUUUAUAUUGGUCCAUAGUUAUUCCAAUGAUGUCUUCCUUUCUUUCAUUUUUUUUUUAAACACUGUUUUCACAAAGUACACGAGCUAUGUGAGAUUAUUGUGUAAGAUGAUUAAUUUGGUAUUAUUUUAUACGUCGACAUGUGUUACAUUCAUACGAAUUAAAUGCAAGAUGUUGGCUUCAGUCCCGAAGAUAUCUCAAAUUUUUCAGAUGCAGUAGAUGUUUGUAAUUAUAUGAUUUGGAAUGAAAUCUCAAUUGCGUCUAUUUUCUGUCAUCCAAUUGAUACCUUAUCACUGCUUUUGUAUGGCAAUAUGAAUAGCUGUACUUUCUUGUCUUUUUCUGGUUUAAUUGCCAAAUUCUGAACUUU